AUGGGUACAUGCAAUGCUCAAACUUACAGAAUUUACAACAUGAAUCCCAAAGUCGAAAGAGUGGAAGAAAUAUCAACGACAGAAUUGGGAGAAGGACCCCACUGGGAUGCGGAAACUCAAUCCUUAUAUUUGGUGGAUAUCUUUGGACAGGCGAUUCAUCGAUACGUUCCUGCUACUAAGCAACAUACUAAAGUAGUUUUAGAAAGAUCAAAAGUCCCAUCUGACGCAGCUUACAAAAGAAAAAAUUUAGUUUCGCUAGUUCUCCCAGUUAAAGGACAAAAAGACAGAUUUGUUGUUGGUCUUGAUCGAGAGCUCCUUGCAGUUACGUGGGAUGGAGUAAGUGACAAAGUAACUAACGUAGAAAAAAUUGUCGAAGUUCAAACUGAAAAAGAACUAGUUAAUAACAGAUUUAACGAUGGUAAAUGCGAUCCUUCUGGAAGAAUUUGGGCAGGUACUAUGGGAGAAGAACCAACCAAUGGAAAUGUUGCGCCUGGAAGAGGUUCCCUAUUUUCAGUUCAAAAUGGUAAAGCAGUUAAACACUUAGGAGAAUUAGGAAUUUCGAAUGGAUUGGCAUGGAAUGAGCAGCAAAAAAAGAUGUAUUAUAUUGAUUCGUUCAAAAGAUGUGUAGAACGAUAUGAUUUUGACAUUCAAAAAGGAACAAUUUCCAAUGGGAAAUCUAUAUUCAGUCUCGAAAAAAAUAACAUAGAAGGAUUUCCUGAUGGUAUGACUAUAGACGUUGAUGGUAAUCUAUGGGUAGCUAUUUUUGGUGGAUAUAAAGUGAUCAAAAUUGAUCCAAGAGUACCUGAAACUCUUUUAGCCACAAUUCCUAUUCCUGCAAAACAGGUGACUUCUGUAACAUUUGGAGGACCUAACCUUGAUGAACUAUAUGUAACAUCAGCGAAAUUUACCAUUAAUGGGGAAGUGCUUCCUCCUCCAGAACAUGGAGGAACCUAUAAAGUUACAGGAUUGAACACCAAGGGUUCUCCAGGAGUAGCUGCUGCAUUGUAGAAAUAUGUUAUCUCAGUUAAUAAUAUUGUGUACAGAUACUGUCCUUUUUACAUAAACAAACAUACUGAAUUAAGAAUAAAUACACUCUUUUUAAAUAUAU